UGCACACGGGAGGAGGGGGCGGCGAGCGCCGUCGUGACGCGGCUGCGCGGGAGGGGCAGGGCCGAGGCAGCGACGGCGGCGGCCAGACUGAGAGGCGGCAACACGACCACGGCCCUCUGUCUCGACCACCAUGAGCACCAAACAGGUCACCUGCAGGUAUUUUAUGCAUGGUGUGUGUCGGGAAGGAAACCAGUGCCUGUUCUCACAUGACUUGGCAAACAGCAAGCCAUCCACCAUCUGCAAGUACUAUCAGAAGGGCUACUGUGCCUAUGGAACUCGCUGCAGAUAUGAUCACACAAGGCCCUCUGCUGCAGCUGGUGGUGCUGUGGGUUCCAUGCCCCACAGUGUGCCCUCCCCGGGCUUCCACAGUCCUCACCCUCCUUCCGACCUCACUGCACCUAUUGUGAAAACUAACUUACAUGAGCCUGGGAAACGUGAGAAAAGAACACUGGUACUUAGAGACCGAAAUCUCUCUGGCAUGGAUGAAGAAAAGGCUUGCCCAAGUGUGGUGAGUAAUCCAGGAGGCAGUGAUGCCCAGAGUAGCCCAGAGAUGAAGCCGAAUUCCUACCUUGAUGCAAUAAGGAGUGGCCUUGAUUACUUAGAAGCCAGCAGCUCCUACAGCAGCGAGGAGCAGCUAUGCCCCUAUGCAGCCGCCGGGGAGUGCCGCUUUGGGGAUGCUUGUGUCUACCUGCAUGGAGAAAUGUGUGAAAUCUGUCGGCUGCAAGUCCUGCAUCCCUUCGACCCAGAGCAAAGGAAAGCUCAUGAGAAGAUCUGCAUGUCAACAUUUGAACACGAGAUGGAAAAGGCCUUCGCCUUCCAGGCAAGUCAGGACAAAAUGUGCAGUAUCUGCAUGGAAGUGAUCCUCGAGAAGGCAUCUGCCUCUGAGAGGAGAUUUGGGAUUCUCUCCAACUGCAAUCACACGUACUGCUUGUCCUGCAUCCGACAGUGGAGGUGUGCCAAGCAGUUCGAGAACCCAAUCAUUAAAUCUUGUCCAGAAUGCCGGGUGAUAUCAGAGUUUGUCAUUCCAAGUGUGUAUUGGGUAGAAGAUCAGAAUAAGAAGAACGAAUUGAUUGAAGCUUUCAAACAAGGAAUGGGAAAAAAAGCAUGUAAGUACUUUGAGCAAGGCAAGGGGACCUGCCCAUUUGGAAGCAAAUGUCUUUACCGCCACGCUUACCCUGAUGGGCGGCUAGCAGAGCCUGAGAAACCUCGGAAACAGCUCAGUUCUGAAGGCACCGUGAGGUUCUUCAAUUCAGUGCGCCUCUGGGAUUUCAUCGAGAACCGAGAAAGCCAGCAUGUCCCCAACACUGAAGAUGUUGACAUGACAGAGCUUGGAGACCUCUUCAUGCACCUGUCUGGAGUGGAGUCGUCAGAACCCUGAAGAUAGAUGGUUGCCCCUGCAUCUUGGGCUCCGCCAGCAGAGCCUUUCCCAAGUAGGGUGUGCAGAGCUUCCUUUACUGCAGCCCCAGGUAGUGUGUUGCUUGGAUUUGAGUGGGGUUGUAUUUAACCUGGGCUCUCAUCCAUUCUCUAUUAUUACAGCCAUGAGAAGAGUGAAGGAUGUAAAGCUAACCUAACAAGUAUAUGGAAUCACUACUUUGAUAGCUGAUAUCUUAGUUACACCUCAAGCUCCUCGGGGGGACCAGCUAAACAGCCAGACUGAGUUUUGAUUGAUUGCUUUUUAAACAAACUUGGCUCCUAUCCUUCAUGAGCUUUAGCUCCCUAGAAACUACAUCAACUUGCAGUUGCCCCUAACGCAGAUUUUUCUUACCAAAGGAUUCUUCAUCCCUAAAAAUGAUUCCUUAUAGUGACUUUCCAUAGUACUUUAGUGUGUGGUCAAAACCUGAUCUAAACAGGGCUUUUCCAGAAACAAAAAAUGGGCACUGCACACCUUAGUGCCCCAGAUCAGAGCAGGCGUCUCACUGUUAUAUAGUCAGUAAUGGGGGCUCUUGAAGUAGCAGGAAGUACGAGGUGAUAGAUCAGGAGUACAGCCCCUCAUUUCUGGUUAGUAUUGUGGCCACAAUUGGAGGAAACCUUGCACAUGUGUCUCCAGGAAAACAUGUCCUUAGCUCUCCCCUGUGGGCGUGGUACACACGUGCUUUUUUAUGUGCCGCCUGCCCAACCUGUCGGUCUUACCUGUAAAAAAAACUGGUCCAGACCCAUCAGUGGUCCUAAGCAUGUAUUUUUAUCAUCAGUUGUGAUUUUAAAUUGAAGGAGCAUAAUCUUGUGAAUCAGAACAAACUCACUCUAAGCCUGAAUUUACCUAUUUUUAUAAACAGUUAUAGAUAUCAAAUAUUUUGUAAAAUGUAUUAAAGUGUGGGUAGAAAAAAAAAGGUCUAUUCUUACUGAGUUUAGAGUGCUUUAUGCAUAAUUUUUAUAGUUAACUCUUUAGUGACAACACAGGCAAAGGCUGAAUUAAAUUCAUUCCUAGCAGAGGCUCUGGGCCAUUUCGUGCUUCUUGAGUCCUGUUCCAGAAGGGAUGAACAAAUGGAGAGUUCAAGCUGUGAGCUUAACAUUACUCUAAAAGGAAGAAACAGCCAGUAAGCCUACAUUUAAUUUAUUUUAUUAAAAUAACAUAAUUGAGGAACCAUCAGAUAACUAUUUUGUCAGGCGCAAUAAAAACAAAAUUAAAACCCAAAUCAUCAAGAAAACCUGUAUUCCUGGCUUCCUUGCAUACACAUGACAUGACUGUUGAGAGACAAGGCUGGCCAAUGGCCCCACCCCAUAGGGGCAGCUCCUGGAAGACAAAAUUCAGCAUGAUGGAAGACUGCUCCCUGAGAGAGCGGAGACUUGGAAGGGGUAGGCCGGGCACCUCUUCUGGAAAACCAUCCCAAUGCAUUGGAGACCUCCAUGAAAAAGGAAGGUCCCCAAACUCAUGUUCCAUAGUACCAAAGCAGACUCCUUUAGGCGGCCAUGGUCUUGACAGUCCUGGGCUGUUUGGUGCAUUCAUUAUGUGCAAAACUACCUGUUUGGCGCCACACCGCUAUCUCUGAAGAAAGUCCUUCCUGUGAUAAGCAUUCCACAUAGGAGCUGAUACUCAAAAUCCACGUGUUCCCCCAAGAUGGCUGGUUUGCCUACCUUCAUUUUCCCUCCAAGUGCUUUUUCUUGCCCUAAAAGUACUUGUCUAGCCGACGGCCAGGGUCCCAGAUCAUAUAUUGCCAUCAGCAGCCACUGGUGAAUCUGGAGAAGGCUCAGCUCAUGAGCAUGGAGGAUGCAGGUAGGGAGCAGGAGAAACCAGCAUUGUAAAUGGCUUCCUUCUCCCAGGACCAGAAAGGGUAGAAAAGAAGGCAACAUGAAGUAAGGCCCUGUGAGUAGUCUAGAAGGUCCUUAGCAGCAGCUUCUCUGAAAACAAACUCUGCUCCCAUAGAAAGGGAGCAGAAAGAUGGUGCCUGCUGACUUCCCUUUCUCCCCUGGUGGCCUGAGUACAGGUGCAGAGUCAGCUAGAAGACAGGCAGUCUAGGGGACGUGGUCAGUGUGCAGGCAUUGAUAUCCUCGGUGUGGGCUGCCCGGUGCAGGGAUGGCUCAGAAGCGCUCCUGUUGAUUUUCGGUAGAGAGUGCUGGAGCAGCUCAAUGGAAGACAGGAUCUGAAACAGAGCCACAAAAUGGUGUGGGUCUUGGUGUUUCCACAGCAGCAGCUUUCAAUUAGGAAUCCAAAGACGCAAGCUGUUAUCACCCCACCUGUAACAUCUUGUGGAGAACACCAGCCCGUCCCUGUUUAACCAGUUAACUGCCACGAUACUUUGAAUUAAAAAAGGUCCACCAGCUUGCGUCUAUAGACACUUACGGUGUACAAAUGUCUUCAAAAAACAACCCACCAUCAUACUUCAUCACGAAAAACUGCUUCAAUUUAAUCAGGUCCAGCACCUUUGAGCUGAGUCUUACCUGGGGGAAAAGAGGCCUCUCUUCCUUAACUUUCUUCACACAGUCAGCUACAAGCCGCUUCAUUGCUUUGGGGCAGUUCUUGUAUAGCUUACUAAGGUCUGGGGAGGCAUACCCUCGGCCCACCAUGAAGAUGAUCUAAGGAAAAGAAACAGUUGAGUGAAUGGAUGAUUAACACUGAAAGCAGCAACUUCCAACUCUCCAACUGCACAGACUGGCAGGAGGCCCAGGAGCUUCCACAGCAAGUUGGGCCCUUUACUGGCAACGCACGUACCUGGUCUCGGUUGUUGAUGUGAGAGUAAGGGAGCUCCCCUGUCAUGAGCUCAUACAGCACAAUGCCGUAGGAGUAGACGUCGGACUGGAAGCUGAACGGGUUAUUAUCCUGCAUUCGGAUCACCUCGGGGGCCUACAGGGACAAAGUGCAUUCCUCACCAUCUGCACCCAGCCAGCACACCCAGGGGCCAAACUAUACCUUCCAUUGGGUAUGAGAGUCCUGUCCUCUGUCCUCUAUAGCUCUUCCCUAAAGGGGCCCCCUGACACCCUCAGGGGCUGGCUAAUUUGAGCUCAGAAAUCCUAGUCUCUGGGAUCUAGCACUUCCUUUCACCUAACUCCUCCAAGCUCUAUGCUUCAGCAUGGUUCUCAUCACCAGCUUCUUCCAGGAAACCCAAAUUCACCCCAGGCAGUCUUAUACAGAAAGUGUCAAUGAGGUGGCCUGGACUUUGGGGAAAUGUGGAGAAACGCUUUAAGUUUUAGACACAGACCUGCAGGGCACCCCUUCUUCCCUGUACCCUCCUAGUGAAGCCAUGCCUCCUCACCAUCCACAGGAUAGAGCCGGUGGGUUGUUCAACCUGCUGAGAACCACUCCAGCGCGACUUCACUGUUGCCAAACCAAAAUCUCCAAUUUUUACCGUCAGGCCUUCAUGGAGAAAUAUAUCUCAAUGCUUGUUAAGGACUCUGGUUUCAAAACACUGGUCAAGUUAAUUCUGAAAAACUUACCAAAGUUCUUACUAGCACAGCAUCUCUCCACCGCCCAUCUGCCCCCAAGCCUGCUCUGCACUGGAUUUGCUAGGGUUUCUUUAAAAAGUACUUUUGAAAUGCCCCUUCUUCCAGGAGGCAUGCAAAGAAUGCUUGGAGUGCAAAAUUAUUUGGCUCCAGCCCAAAACAAGGCUGUUUAGCCACUGCUGCUUCUCCCCAUUUACACAUCUAGGUGCCAGGUCCCUGGCCUGUGACCUUCCCACAUCAUGUAGGUGCCUGAAACCGCAAGACUUAAGACUGCAGGUGCGCCUCAGAGCUAUGCAUGACCUGCUGAUUUGUUACAUUCGUUUCUCCCAGCAUUCUGCCCUCAAAUGGCACGUGGAUAACGAUCUAGCAAAUCACUCAAUAAAUACUGAAUGUCCUAAGACAUUUCUCAUUAGAACAGGUAGCACCUGAUGACUUCAAAAUCAGAACCAAACUCACCUCAUUUCUGGGUAGUCAGGCAGUUUAAGGCUGCCCUGUGAUCUGCUGCUGCCCAGUAAUUCACACCAGCUUAAGGUCUGGUAUCUGCUUUCAUGGCAUAAUGUAUUGGUCCCCCAAAAACCACUAAAAAGUAUUCCAUGCCUCAUACAUGUACCCCAAAUAAGCCAUGUCCCAUAAUCAAACUCAACACAACUGUCAUGCCUGUCAUGGCCAAGAAGCAGAACUACAGCUGUAAUGUUACACUCCUUUCCAAGAGGAAAGGUGGGAGAGGGAGAGAGAUGCGAAAUUGCUACAUUUCAUGUCUGUAAAUGUGAAAAAUGCCUUAAUUCAUUAUUUCUACAAAAGCACAUUAAACCUUAGAAAGGAUAGAAUUGAUUCUAAUAACCUCUAAGGAAACUAUUUCUGUACAUUUAAAAUACAAUUACAAGUAGUAAUUCUGAAAAUCUUACAUUUGGCUUCACUUAUGUUCUGACGAGAUACACACUAUCCACAAACUAGGGGGGG